AGGGGAAAUAAUGAAGUUGCGGGACAUUCAGCUGCUUCAGGGAGAGAGCCAAUAGAGCAAGGGGUAGGUAGAUAUUUACAAGCUCAAGAGGUGCCUAUCAGUAUCCUAAUAGAAAAUAUCAAAACCUUCCAAAAUUAGAAAAGAUAAAAUCACUUUUUUACUGCACUAGCACUUUUUCUGCGGUUCGUGUUUCCGUAUAGCACGUUGCCGAAAUCAAAAUUUCAUUAAUCCUAUAGCAAGGUUUGACUUAAAAAAAUGGCAGGUUUAAAUUUAUCUGUUUAGUGCUUUUCCCAAGUUUUGGCAUCAGCACAGUUAUACUGCGACGACCCGCUUCGUAAUAUUUGGGGGCUGGGACUCACAUGAAUUGUGACCGUUGACUAAAGCCCAAAAGUGUGACCUCCUUUAAUUAAUUCACAUUCUUUCAUGCAGACAUUAGCCAAUCAGAAGUCGAGGACAGUUUCCAGCUCGCUUCUGAUUGGACAAAUCUGCACGAAAGAAUGUGAAUAAAUCAAAAGCGGUCACACUUUUUGGCUCCUUUCUGUAAGAGCAAAAAGAAACAACCGUACAAUUUUUAACAAGAAAGUGAGUAAUAUCUCCUACGCAGAUUUAAAAAUACGUAUUUGCACUUUCUUUUCAGGCGAUCGGUGGUCAACCCAUUGAAGGAGUAUAUCUUCCCAUUCAUAAUGGAGAACAGAUAGAAGGAUCUCAACAGAUUUUUAUUGGUCAGCUUGACACUGCAGAGAUUUACAAUGGGCUGAUGGAUUCCCAAGGGACUGGCUCACCAUUGCCAGUUGUGCAACCAAGAUAUCCUGACCGCCUGAAAGAGAUACUUGUUGAGAAUAUGAAUUUUCAUCCAAUGCAGGAGGUUCCCUUAUACCAGGUGCAUUCUCGAAGAAGUAGACAACCGAUGCAGUACGCGGAGCAAACUAGAGGAAUGCAGUUCAGAGAUUGGUCCGAAGCUAGACCACCAGCAACUCAGAUGCACUCUGGGCGAGGAUGGACUGAUGCAACUGAGUCGUUCAACGGAAUCAGGUGCUCUAGAUCUGUCGAGGAGACCAGCCAAUUUCCGGAGCAGAAUCAAGGAGGUGAACGGAUGCGUGCAACCAGUUCUCCACGACAGCUGACUUUGAACAGGUCAGUAUACGUCCUCAAAUUAAGCCAAACACACAUGAUAUCCUAUUCAACUAAUUCAAGGGCUAUUUCAAAUGUUUCCCGAUCCUCUGGCCAUGGGUAAGCAGUGCGUCAUGUUACACCUUGACUUGAUUGAAAUCGCAGUGGUUGGUUUUACAUCUCUAAUGAGCAUGCAGGAAUGGCAGAAUCAUGACGUAGUUUAAUAGACAGUUUAAUUUCUAUGAUCUUUGCUACCUAGUCACUUAUCAAUACGCUGAAAGGGUCAUUUAAAGAAAGCCAUGAAAUUCUAAGUAAACAUCGGGAAAUAACAGCAGUUACAGGUCAUAAUGACUUCCAUAAACAUCGUACAAGCGUCAAAGUUUACUUUUUUAGCCAGUAUAGCAUCCAAGUUUGUUAGCGACUCUUUCCAAUUUGUCUUUUCUCUACGCCACAACUCAAAAACUGCCCCCACAAAACCAACCAGACCUUUACGAAAAAUGAAAUAAUCAUCCUAAAACCGAUUUUUCUCUACAGGUCAAGUCCAGCAGAGCCUUUGUUAACUAAAGGUCAGAUCUGUGGUGGAAAUUAUACUUGGAAGAUAGAGCAUUUCUCUCAGCUCCUCCAGGGUGAUAGUGAUGGAAUAAAAACAUCACUUGAUAGUCCUCUAAUUUAUACUAGUUUGUGUGGAUACAAGUUCUUCAUGCGUAUCUACCCAAAAGGCGAUGAUGGUGGAGAUGGAAGUCAUAUUGGCCUGUUUGUUGGUAUGAUGCAGGGAGAUUUUGAUAACAGGCUCAAAUGGCCAUUUUGUGGACGAAUCUCCCUCUCCAUGUUGGAUCAAAGUAAUGAUGCUCACAGCUUCUGCAACGAUGUCAGUGGCACUUUCAUGGCCAGCAGAAAUCUUGAAGCUUUCAAGAAACCUGCUGCCAGCGGACAAUACACUACCCUGUAUGGCUACGAAAAGUUUGCGCCUAUCGACACGGUUCGUCGCCCACAGUACUCCAAAGAUGAUGCAGUGAUGAUCAAUAUCGAGAUUCACAAAAAUUUCUAA